GUGACGAUCCGUCCACUCAUGAGAAGAAGGUUAAACAGCAGAAACGGACAACUCAUCUCCGCUUAUAUAUCACUGGUUACAAAAGUGGAGGUUGGUUGGAUGCGAACAUUUCAGUUGAACGAGAGUGUAUGACUAUACGACAACCUCGGGAUGUCGUGUGCUUCUUUUGUUCUGACUGUCAUCUUCACCAACCAGCUGGCGGUGUUGGCGGCACAUGGAAGAUGUUUUGACGUAUGGUCAGCAGUUCAGAACGACACCUACAUGGCAAGCCACACAUACAGGAAGGUCGGAACUGCAUCUCUGUACCAGUGUGCAACAGAGUGCCUCAUGUCAUCAACAUGCAUGUCCUUCAGCCACAAGCAUCACACCUGCCACCUAAACAGCAACAACAGCGCCCAUGUUGAUGUCAGCACUGAAGUCGGGUCGUUUUUCAGUGAUAUCCACCACUGGCCGCAGCGCCUCUCUGGUCCUUGUGCUACUGCCCAGCCGUGUCCGGCCAUGUCCAGGUGCCAGGUUGACCGGCUGGCUCAAACAUCAUGUGUACCAGACGUCCCGUGUGGGUCCCCGCCAGACGUGCUUGGAGCUACAAGAUUAACCCGGGGACAGUUCCACGGAGCCGCCAGUAUAUACACAUGUAACGAGGACUACAAGCAAUGUGACACUCAAACCACCAGUGUGUGUCAGUCCACGGGGGAGUGGGGGGACGUGACAGGGCUCUGUGGUCAGUACAGAUGGCGCACCCCGGCAACAAACAUCGUGUAUCCUCUACCUUGCGGUCCUUCCAGCACCAUGGAGCUGACCAUCACGGGCACUCCGACAGAGAACACAAGGUGUUCAGUGAACAUCCACAGAGGAUCUGACGUCCUUUGCCACAUCUCAUUCCGUCUGAGCUACGGGGGCAUCGUGGACACCUCAGUAUUCAACAGCAAGGCAAACGGGGUGUGGGGUAGCGAAGAACGCACCAAUAGGAAUCUACUUGUAGUUGGACAAGAGGCCAACGUGUCCGUCCUCCUGGUCGCUGGUAUCUAUAAGCUCCAAUUAUCGUGUGACAUCGUGUCCUGCUCGUGUGACAUCGUGUCCUGCUCGUGUGACAUCGUGUCCUGCUCGUGUGACAUCGUAUCCUGCUCGUGUGACAUCGUGUCCUGCUCGUGUGACAUCGUGUCCUGCUCGUGUGACAUCGUGUCCUGCUCGUGUGACAUCGUGUCCUGCUCGUGUGACAUCGUGUCCUGCUCGUGUGACAUCGUAUCCUGCUCGUGUGACAUCGUAUCCUGCUCGUGUGACAUCGUGUCCUACUCGUGUGACAUCGUGUCCUGCUCGUGUGACAUCGUGUCCUGCUCGUGUGACAUCGUGUCCUGCUCGUGUGACAUCGUGUCCUGCUCGUGUGACAUCGUGUCCUCCUCAUGUGACAUCGUGUCCUGCUCGUGUGAUACUGGUGUUGAGCUCGGUUAA